CUCUAUGGUUCCGGCGCGACCUGAGGGCGGCGGUAUUGGCCGGGCGGAGGCAGCAGAGGAAGCGCCAUGGACACCAGCGGGCGGCCCUCGGCGGUCCAGCUCAUCUUGCUGGGCACCAGCUCGGCCGUGGCCGCCGCUCUAUACUCGGUGUAUCGGCACAAGGUCCAGGCGGCCCGCGAGCUCAAGGGAGCCAAAAAAAUUCAUUUGGGUGAAGAUUUGAAGAGUAUUCUUACUGAUGCUCCUGGGAAGUGUGUGCCUUAUGCUGUCAUUGAAGGAGCUGUGCGUUCUGUUAAGGAGACCCUUAACAGCCAAUUUGUAGAAAACUGCAAAGGAGUAAUUCAGAGAUUGACCCUCCAGGAGCACAAGAUGGUGUGGAAUCGGACAACCCACCUCUGGAAUGACUGUGAAAAAAUCAUCCACCAGAGAACAAAUACAGUACCCUUUGAUUUGGUGCCCCAUGAGGAAGGUACAGGUGUGGCAGUCCGAGUCCUGAAGCCCCUGGAUUCGGCUGACCUUGGCUUGGAAACAGUGUAUGAGAAGUUCCACCCCACAAUCCAGUCCUUCACUGAUGUGAUUGGUCACUACAUCAGCGGGGAGCGGCCCAAAGGCAUCCAGGAGACGGAGGAGAUGCUCAAGGUGGGGGCCACCAUCACGGGCGUGGGGGAGCUGGUGCUAGACAACAAUUCCAUCCGCCUGCAGCCCCCCAAACAGGGCCUCCAGUACUACCUGAGCAGUCAGGAUUUUGACACCCUUCUGCAGAGGCAGGAGUCUAGUGUCAAGCUCUGGAAAAUCCUGACCGUCAUCUUUGGCUUUGCCACCUGCGCCACCCUCUUCUUCAUCCUGCGGAGGCAGUACCUGCACCGGCGAGAGCGGCAACGGAUGAAGCAGAUGCAGGAGGAGUUCCGGCUCCAUGAGGCGCGGCUGCUGGGGGCGGCCACUGAGGAGGAGAGGGAGACUCUCAAAAACGCCUGCGUUGUGUGUCUGAGCAGCGUCAAGUCCUGUGUCUUUCUGGAGUGCGGCCAUGUCUGCUCAUGCAGCGAAUGCUACCAGGCUUUGCCCGAGCCAAAGAAGUGCCCUAUUUGUAGACAGGAGAUCGUCCGGGUAGUUCCUUUGUACAACAGCUAACUGUUCAGGGAUUUGGAGUUUAUAGAGGAAGUGGUUCUCCUCUUCAAUGGAUUUUACCAGUCCCUUAGAGAGUCAGCCUGGUGAUGGCUACUUGUAACCGCCAGGCGACGUCCAGGGUGGGAGGGAGUGAGGAAAAAACAUCCUGAUCUCUUAAAUACAGCAGCGGAGAUUGGACACUGAGGCCUGUGAGAUUAUGCUUUAAAUCAAAAAGCAGGAGAGCCAAAGGGCCAUCCCUUGGAUGGGUGUAUGUAGCAAAGCCGGUUGCACUUUUUCUGCCAUUUUUCAGACAUGGGGGUUCUGAUGUGUUUGUGUGUGACUGUGUGUGUGUGUGUGUGUGUGUGUGUGUGUGUGUGUAUGUGUAUGAAUGAGAGAAAAGCCGCUAGACCCUCUUAAACUCACAACCAGUUCUCUUCCUCCCUUAUGUCUGAGAUUCUCCCCCGCAUAAUUCCCAGUGAGUUAUGUGAUCCCCAUUGGUUUAGGACACAGCUUGGGUUCAGUGACCCAGUUAUCCCAGCAGGAGGAAAGGGAAAGCCAGAUAGUGAGUGAGGGUUGGGUUUUUCAGAGCUGCCUCAGGAAAAGCCUGGGGUCAAAACAGCAGCUGCCAGCUGGUAUUAGGCCUCUUUUCUUUUUUCUGCUCCACCACUUGCAUAUCAUUCAAUGAUUUUAAGCAAAAUUGCUGGGAAAUGAUAUGUUGAUGAGGCUUUCCUUCCUCCUCAUCCCUUUCAUCAACCAGAUAAGUGGGAUGUGUUGUACAGGCAUGUGGAAAAGUGAGGAAGUGAAACUUUGUUUUGUGCCUUAGGCACAGUAGGCAGUAACUUGAAGGAGAUGUGAGGUGAGAAAUCUAAGCAAUCUUAUGGUGAGAGGGAGAGUUGGACUUGGAUUUUAAAUUCCCCUUCAGCUUUGUUGUGUCCCCUUUUAGCUGCCUCUUCCUCAGCACACCCACUGCCUUCCUGGCAGGAACUGACCUGCAGAUGGCGGCCAUGCCUUCCUGAGAAGAGGACACCAGAUCCCCGCCCUCGGGGUUUAAACUGAAGAUCUUCCAGAGCCAGGGAAUGAUUAGGUGUUGCCCCUGCUUGAGGUGAGGAUGGAAAAUGCUCAAGACGUUUAGGAGAUCUUUGCAUUAGCCUCCUGACUCUGGGAGCAUCUUUCACCAAUCAGGAGGAGAGUUGCACCAAAUUCUUAUUUGAUCCCCCUUUCUCCUAACUGAGACGGUCCCAUGGGUCUGAUAUUAUUACCUCUUCUAGUGUUGCUUUUCUCCUUUCCUUGGCUGCUUGAAUUUUGUGAGCACCAGCCAAGGGUGGAGAAAACCCCCUUUCCUAGCACUUCUUCAGCAAGCCAAAGGCCAUGUUCCUCGCCUGCCUUGUUUCUCCUUCCCUGGUGUCCAGGUUCCUGGUCUCCUCCUGAGAACAGGAAUGGCACAACAUGCCAGUACUAUGCAGUGUCCCCUUUGGCUUACACGCAGAGAAACAGUAAAUAUUUUAUGUUGAAAAUGAA